CACAAAUCCAACCUAAGCUAGAAAAAAAGAAAACAAAUUCACUUUAAAAAUUAAAAAAAAAAAACAAAAAAAGAGAGAAAGCUCUCAAAAACCAAUUAAACAAGAUUGCGGCCAUUAAAACUUGAAGAGAAGCUGUUCAGACAAGUACCUAGGAAUCUGGAGCUGUUCUCAAGUGUUUUUGGGGAGUUGUUGGACUCAACAAGAUGUCUCAAACCAACUGGGAAGCUGAUAAAAUGUUAGAUGUGUAUAUCCAUGAUUAUUUAGUAAAAAGGGAUUUAAAGGCUUCAGCUCAGGCUUUUCAAGUUGAAGGAAAAGUAUCAUCAGAUCCUGUAGCUAUUGAUGCACCUGGAGGUUUUCUCUUUGAAUGGUGGUCUGUUUUCUGGGACAUAUUCAUUGCCAGGACUAAUGAGAAGCACUCAGAGGUUGCUGCAUCUUAUAUUGAGACUCAGUUGAUUAAAGCGCGGGAGCAGCAGCAGCAACAACAGCUACAGCAGCAACCGCAACAGCCUCAACAUCAACAGCAACAGCAGCAGCAGCAACAACUGCAGUUGCAACAGCUUUUAUUGCAGAGGCAUGCUCAGCAACAACAACAGCAGCAGCAGCAACAACAGCAACAACAACAACAGCCACAACAGCAACAAUUACAACAACAACAACAGCAGCAACAACUACAACAACAACAACAACAGCAACAGCAGCAGCAGCAGCAGCAGCCCCAACAGCGAAGGGAUGGGUCUCAUCUCCUAAAUGGCAGUACAAAUGGGCUUGUUGGAAAUGACUCUCUCAUGCGUCAGCCUGCUGGAACUGCUAAUGCCAUGGCAACAAAGAUGUAUGAGGAAAGACUAAAAUUGCCACUUCAAAGGGAUUCUUUGGAUGAUGCGGCUAUGAAGCAAAGGUAUAGCGAGAAUGUUGGCCAGCUCUUGGAUCCAAACCAUGCCUCAAUAUUGAAGCCUGCGGCUGCAACCGGCCAACCUUCAGGGCAAGUAUUUCAUGGUACAGCUGGUAGUAUGUCUCCACAAGUUCAAUCUCGGAGUCAGCAAUUGCCUGGAACAACGCCGGACAUAAAGAGUGAGAUAAAUCCAGUAUUGAAUCCGAGAGCUGCAGGUCCUGAUGGAUCCUUAAUGGGAAUUCCUGGGUCAAGUCAAGGUGGUAAUAAUUUGACUUUGAGAGGAUGGCCGUUAACAGGACUGGACCACCUGCGCUCUGGGGUCCUUCAGCCGCAAAAGCCUUUUAUACAGGCUCCUCAGCCCUUUCACCAACUUCAGAUGUUGCCACCGCACCAGCAGCAACUCAUUCUUGCUCAGCAGAAUCUGACAUCACCAUCUGGCAGUGAUGAUAAUCGAAGAUUGAGAAUGCUGUUGAGUAAUAAUCGGGCUGUGGGCCAUGGAAAGGAUGGCCUUUCAAAUUCUGUUGGUGAUGUGGUUCCAAAUGUAUCACCUUUGCAGGCGGGCAGUCCGCUCGUGUCUCGGGAUCCAGAUAUUUUAAUGAAGUUAAAAUUAGCUCAUUUGCAACAGCAGCAACUGCAACAUCAACAGAACAGUAACUCACAGCAGCAGCAGCUUCCACAGCAUGCACUCCCGAAUCAGCAGUCACAGAGUUCUAAUCCAAGCUUACAUCAACAAGAUAAAGUUGGUAUAGGUGGAAGUGUUACUGUGGAUGGUAGCAUGUCAAACUCAUUUCGAGGGAAUGAUCAGGUUUCAAAAAACCAGAAUGGAAGAAAGAGAAAACAGCCAGUGUCUUCUUCAGGCCCUGCCAAUAGCUCAGGGACAGCAAACACGGCCGGACCCUCCCCAAGUUCAGCACCUUCCACACCAUCAACACACACCCCUGGAGAUGUGAUUUCAAUGCCUGCUCUGCCUCAUAGUGGCAGUUCUUCCAAGCCUCUGAUGAUGUUUGGCACUGAUGGUGCUGGCACACUUGCAUCACAAUCAAAUCAGUUGUGGGAUGAUAAAGAUCUUGAAUUGCAGGCUGAUAUGGAUCGAUUUGUGGAGGAUGGAUCUCUUGAUGAUAAUGUUGAAUCUUUUUUAUCCCAUGACGAUACGGAUCCUAGAGAUAUCGUUGGCCGAUGUAUGGAUGUAACUAAAGGUUUCACAUUUAUGGAAGUAAAUUCUGUUCGAGCAAGCAAUAACAAAGUUACUUGUUGUCAUUUCUCAUCAGAUGGAAAGAUGCUUGCUAGUGGUGGCCAUGAUAAAAAGGCUGUAUUAUGGUACACAGAUACUUUGAAGCCAAAGUCUACGCUUGAAGAACAUUCAUCUUUGAUUACUGAUGUUCGUUUUAGUCCAAGCAUGUCACGCCUUGCAACUUCUUCGUUUGACAAAACUGUCAGAGUUUGGGAUGCUGACAGUCCUGGUUAUUCACUUCGCAACUUUAUGGGACAUUCUGGUCAUGUUUGGUCACUUGACUUCCACCCAACUAAAGAAGAUCUUAUCUGCUCUUGUGAUGGUGAUGGUGAAAUACGAUACUGGAGUAUCACCAAUGGGAGCUGUGCAAGAGUUUUCAAGGGAGGUACAGCCCCUGGUACAGCCCAGUUGAGAUUUCAAACUCGCCUCGGGAAAUAUCUUGCUUUAGCAGCAGAGAAUGUUGUAUCUAUAUUGGACACAGAGACUCAAACUUGUCGGCACUCUUUACAGGGACAUACUAAACAGAUCCAUUCUGUAUGCUGGGACCCGUCUGGUGAGCUUCUAGCAUCUGUCAGUGAGGACUCUGUUAGAGUUUGGACCUUCGGAUCAGGGAGUGAAGGGGAAUGUGUUCAUGAAUUGAGCUGUAAUGGCAACAAGUUUAACUCUUGUGUUUUCCAUCCUACAUAUCCAUCAUUGCUGGUCAUAGGCUGUUACCAGUCUUUGGAGCUAUGGCAUAUGACAGAGAAUAAGACCAAGACUUUGCCAGCUCAUGAAGGACUAAUAGCUGCAUUGGCUGUAUCACCUGUGACAGGGCUCGUUUCUUCCGCUAGUCAUGACAAGUUUGUUAAAUUGUGGAAGUGAUACAAUUGCUAGCCGAUUUCCCAAGUAAACAACUGAUGAAUAUCACAUUAGUUUUCUUUUUUAAUCCGCAACAGUUGUUAGUUUGUGGCUGUUCUGGUUGCUCAAUGUGUCCAUUUCUGGUUUGUUCCAAUUUCAGCUCUCCCAUAACCCUAGUAACUAACCUUGCUAUUGUUGUAUGCAUGUUUUGUAACUUUGUAUCUUUAACUUGGACAUUCUUGCCAAAGUUCAUUAA